GACUAUCUUGGCUCUGACAAGGUGGUGGACAAAUGUGGAAUCUGCGGUGGGGACAAUACAGCUUGCAGAGUGGUUUCGGGAGUCUUCAAGCACACCCUGACCAACCUUGGCUACCACAAAAUAGUAGAAAUUCCAGAGGGGGCCACCAAAAUCAACAUUACAGAGAUGUCAAAGAGCAACAAUUACUUGGCAUAAAGUUAGAGCAGCAAGAAAUGUGGCUGUGGCUUUGUCCUAUAUGUGCAAGAUGCUGUUUCCCCCAUGUCGGUGGUCGAGCACUACGGAGUCGAUCAGGACGUGCUAUUAUCAAUGGAAACUGGGCAAUUGAUCGACCUGGGAGAUACGAGGGAGGAGGAACAAUGUUCAUCUACAAACGACCCAAUGAAAUCUCGAGUACUGCUGGGGAAUCCUUUUUAGCAGAUGGACCGACAAAUGAAAUCCUGGAUGUCUAUAUGAUUCAUCAGCAGCCCAAUCCAGGUAUACAUUAUGAGUACACUAUUCCAGGUCCCAACACCAUCAGUUCGCAGGUGCCUCUUCAUAGGCGGCCAGGGGAGUCAUUCAAUGGCCAAUUGGAUGUGACAGAGACUGUGAAUUAUGAGGAGGAAGAUUUGCAUCAGGAGACUAGCAGUCACGCGAGACAAUCAGUGAUGGUUCAGCCUGGAAGAUUUCCUUCCCAUCUUCCAGACAACCAAGUGCCAGUAGGUCAGCCUCCAAGACGCAGCCGGGAACACAACUGGAAGCAAAUUGGAGCAACUGAAUGCAGCACUACGUGUGGGAAAGGGGCACAAUAUCCCAUCUUCCGCUGCGUACACAGAAACUCUCACGAGGAGGUGGCUGACAGCUACUGUGACAUCAGCUCUAAGCCUACACCGGAGGAGGAACCCUGUAACAUUUUCCCUUGCCCAGCCUUCUGGGAUAUAGGAGAAUGGUCAGAAUGCAGUAAAUCCUGCGGUCUGGGAAUGCAGCACCGCCAAGUUCUGUGUCGGCAAAUCUACGCCAACCGCACCUUAACGGUUCAGCUGCAUCGAUGCCAACACUUGGAGAAACCAGAGACGACAAGUACGUGCCAACUGAAGAUCUGCAGUGAAUGGCAAAUUCGGACAGAAUGGACAUCGUGUUCGGUUCCAUGCGGAGUUGGCCAGAGGACCCGAGAUGUGAAAUGUGUCAGCAAUCUUGGAGACAUUGUUGAUGAUGAGGAGUGUAACAUGAAGCUACGGCCAAAUGACAUUGAGAACUGUGAUAUGGGACCCUGUGCCAAGAGCUGGUUUCUUACGGAAUGGAGUGAUCGGUGCUCGGCAGAAUGUGGUCCCGGAGUCCGAACCCGUUCCGUGGUCUGCAUGACCAACCACAUCAGCAGCUUGCCCCUGGAGGGCUGCGGGCACAACAGACCACCAGAAACCACCCCCUGCGACAACGGACCUUGUCUGGGGAAAGUAGAAUGGUUUGCUGGCAGCUGGAGUCAGUGUUCAAUCGAGUGUGGCAGUGGGACCCAGCAGAGGGAAGUCAUCUGUAUCAGAAAGACCGAGGACAGCUUUGACAUGCUGAACCCCUACGAGUGUUCGUUUCUGCAAAGGCCGCCCAGCCAGCAGACGUGCUACCUCAAGCCUUGUGGUGCGAAAUGGUUUAGUACCGAAUGGAGCCCUUGUUCAAAGUCCUGUGAGGGCGGCUUCCGAAUCCGAGAGGUGCGAUGUCUUUCAGAUGACAUGUCCCCCAGUACCAAAUGUGACCCCCAGCUUAAGCCAGAGGAAAAGGAGCCAUGCAACACCCAGGACUGUGUGCCUGAAAUAGAUGAAAACUGCAAGGAUAAAUACUACAACUGCAAUGUUGUGGUUCAAGCCCGCCUCUGCGUCUACACCUAUUACAAGACAGCCUGCUGCGCAUCCUGUUUGAGAGUGGCGAAUCGGCAGUUGGGGUUUUUGGGGAGAAGAUAACAGCUGCUCCAUUCUGGGCUUCAGACCUGUGCCUCACCUCUUGCAAGCUGCUUUCACAACAAUUCUACCUUUACAAGAAUGUUUUUUUUCCCCCAUAACAGUGGGCACCUCCAAGGGGGUGGUGGAAGCACCUCUGGGUGAUAUUGCUAACACACACUGUAGUAGAAACUUUGGGGAAACCGAUGCUAUAAUGCUGGACCUUCAAAGCUUUAGCCAUGAGAAUACACAUUGACUGAUUGAUUGGUUUAUUGAUUAUGCGCCAUCAAGUCACUGUUGACUCUUAGCAACUACACAGAUAUUCUCCAUGACAUUCUGUCCUUAACCUGGUCUUUCAGCUCUUCAGUACACAUUGAAGGUCGUGCCAGUAAUCCAGACAUAGGAAUAGGCAUACAAUAAAAACCAAGGGGCCCAUUUAGAAGUCUAAGAGGCUGUUGUGGGCCCCCUCACAAAACGGUUGCAAGUGUGAGCAGGACCAGUUGCCCCUCACUCAGUUAUUAGCAAGCAACAGGGAACUCACUCUCCAGGACCCCCUUUUGCCCCUCCCUUCAAUUCACCUUUUUUUUCUUCUGGACAAUGGAUACACAUCCAAAGUAAAUACUGAGGCCUUUAAAUCUUUUUAAGAGAAGGUCUUCAUGAGACUGUGAAGCAUUCUUUCUUAAAAAUAUGGCAUAAGGGACAGGUACUUUAUUUUUUUAACGAAAAGGAACUUUAAUAAAGAGGUUAGGCAAGCAAGGCGUUGGUGCUCCAGGGCACCAUGUUGCUUCUCCCUGAUCUAACGUCCUGCUCAGAACCAGCUCAAACUCUAAAGCAAAGGUGCCACCAAAUUCUCAAUGGAAGCACGUAGAAAACCACAAAACCAAUUUCACUAAGUCGGAAGUUCUCCUUUAGGGCAGAGAGGGUGAAGCCUUAGCAAACAGAGUGGGGAUCCUGACAGAGAUGGAGGCCCUUGCUGGGUCAAAGCAUCACCUGCCAGGUUCAGCUUCUCUCAUCCAAAAUCCGCUACAGCCCUCUACUUUCUUUUCACAUUACUUCCUACUGAACUCUUGGGUAGUAGGGAGCAAACUUUAACAAUGCCAGGGGCUGAACUGGGAAAUUUGUGGAUACAGCGUGUGAGUCCUGCUCCUUUCUCCCACCACUGAUGAACUGGCCUUCAUGCCUCCUUUGUCAAGGGCAAUCUGUAUUUUUUUUCAUAUGUUUUAGAACAGUGUUUUUCAA